UUGAUUUUUGUUAACGUUUCGAGGAAACUACUGGAAUCUGACGAAAUCGCUGCUGUCGCCACGCUAGUGGUGGUCCCAUCUGAAUUAAAAGGUAUCACCGAAUUAAGUAAAGAUCACUCGAUAUCCGCGAACGUGAUAAACUCAAUCGCUAUUAAAUUUGUUGUCUCACUUUUCAUCACAAAGAUAUCAAUUUAAUAAAUAAAAAUGUCGGAUUGGGACACCGUGCCGAUCACACUCCGAAAGAAGGUUCCAAAGGGUUCAGCACUGAAAUCGGAGAAGGCAAUCAACACCGCCCGUCGUCAGGGAGUUGCAGUCGAUACUCAAGUUAAAUGGGGUGGUGGUGCUAAUAAGCAACAUGUUACAACUAAAAACACCGCAAAACUUGAUCGCGAGACUGAGGAAUUGAAGCAUGAGACUGUACCAUUGGAUCUGGGCAAGUUGAUUCAACAAGGACGGGCUAAUAAAAAUCUAUCUCAGAAGGACCUUGCUACGAAAGUCAAUGAAAAAGUUCAAGUAAUCAACGACUACGAAGCAGGUCGUGGGAUCCCGAACCAACUGGUAAUCGGUAAAAUCGAGAAAGUCUUAGGCAUGAAACUUCGUGGAAAAGAUCGUGGCAAACCAUUGGAGCCCCGGGGAUCAGCAGCGAAACAUUGAAUCUCCGGGGAACCAACGAGUACUUGAAAACUUUCUUUAAGGUUCUAACAAAACAUCAACAAUACAAAAAUUCGAGAAAAAAAUGUUGAAAUACAUAAGUAAAUGCUAGAAUCACCAGAGAAAAUCUCCCAGCACUAUUGUCUUUUUUGUUUCCUAUCUUGCUCGCAAAUUAUUUCUUUUCUUUCUUAUUUUUAUGCCUCAUUUUUUGAUACGAUGUAUUAUAACAUAGAUUUUUGUUACACCUCUGUUUAUAUAUUUGAAGAAUCAUAGAUAUUUUAUAAGAGCUUGAAAAUUAAAAAGAAAAGAAAAUCAAUGAGUCUAACGUCGAAGUAAAUGGAAUUCAAAUAGGAAUCAUUUCAAAAAAUUCACAAUUAUCGAUAAUAGAAUGUGGUUAUUCCUAGAAUAAUACAUUAGAAUUUCCAACGUGAAUUAUCCGGAAAUUGUACUGAGUUCACUAAUAAAUGUAAUUUAUGACUAAAA